CUGAGGAAGCAAAGCACCCCGGGGCCCUCCCCCCAAGGGCCCUCCUCCCACCCCCGGUGCCAAAGCAGGAAGGAGGGCGGGCUUCCGCAGAGCCGGCCUGGGAGGUCACUCACAGAUAAGGGGUUUUUCUACCCGAGAGUCCUGGGAGAGGAAAUGGAGCCCCCGCACUCAAGACAAAGUCCAGGGCUACAACCAGCCUACCGGGGCUACAACCAGAUGCCCUGGAUCAGGAACCACGUGUGGAGGUUAGAUCCUGAUACCUUUUACUUCCAGUUUCACAACCUGCUCUACGCCAAUGGGCGGAACUGCUCCUACAUCUGCUACCGGGUGGAAAGAAGGAAACACCGCUCAUAUGUUGCCUUCGACUGGGGGGUCUUUCAUAACCAGGUCAAUGCUGGGACUCGCUGCCACACCGAACUCCACUUUCUGACUUGGUUCUGCAAAAUGAAGCUGCACCCUGACGAGUGUUACCACAUCACCUGGUACAUGUCGUGGAGCCCCUGCGUGAAGUGCGCGAAGCAGGUGGCUAACUUCCUGGCGAGGUACCGGAAUGUGAAGCUCAGCAUCUUCGCGGCCCGCCUCUACUACUUCCAAGACAUGGCGUACAGGCAGGGGCUGCUUGGGCUGAGCCAGCAGGGGGCCAGGGUGGACAUUAUGUCCUACCGAGAAUUCAAAUACUGUUGGAAAAAGUUUGUAGACAGUCAGAGGAGGCGCUUCAAGCCUUGGAAGAAACUGGACAUAAAUUAUCAGCGGCUGGUUGCAGAGCUCGACGACAUUCUCGGUACUGUCGGUCCUGCCCAUCCAUCAGAGGCUGAGCUCUGCCAAGAGGGAGGGCCCCAGAGAAGAAACACAAUGAAUCUGCUAAGAGAAACUCUGUUCAAGCAUCAGUUUGGCAACCAGCCCCGGGUCCCACCACCUCACUACCGGAGGAAAACCUACCUGUGUUACCAGCUGAAGCAGCGUGACGACUCAACGCUUGACAGAGGCUGCUUCCGAAACAAGAAGCAGCGGCAUGCAGAAAUUCGCUUUAUUGACAAGAUCAACUCACUGAAUCUGGACCCGAGGCAGAGCUACAAAAUCAUCUGCUAUAUCACAUGGAGCCCUUGCCCGCAAUGUGCCAGUGAGCUGGUCAAUUUCAUCAGGGGAAAAGACCACCUGAACCUGCAGAUCUUUGCCUCCCGCCUGUACUUUCACUGGAAAAAGCCAUUCCAGAAGGGGCUGCAGCAACUGCAGGCAGCCGGGAUCUCAGUGGCUGUCAUGACCCACACAGAGUUUGAAGACUGCUGGGAACAGUUUGUGGACAACCAGUCAAGGCCCUUCCAGCCCUGGGAGAAGCUGCAGCAAUACAGUGCGAGCAUAACACGAAGGCUCCAGAGGAUCCUGAUGGCCCCAACUUAGAAAAGAUCUUCAGAGCCUUGAGCAUCAGACUUUCAUCCCCUUUGUUAUUAAGAAGUGACUCAAGAUGACAGUUUCUGGGUCAUCUUAAUGCUUCCUAAACUGCUGACUCUCAGGAUCGAGUAACAAGCUCCAUGGGCAUGCCUGACCCUCGCCCAAGCCCAGGGACCUUUCUUCUGUUUUCUAAGUGGGAAAAUAUUUUUAAUUGAAAAAAAAAUAAAGACAAUUUUAAAGUC